GCACUGCACACACAUACAUUCAUAUGGCGAAUCAUCCGUCCGCUUCAUUUACAGGCACGGCCCCUGACACAUCCCCGCCCUCACCACCCAUUUCCCUCUCCACAUCGUCAGACUCGACGGCCAUAACACCGCCAUUCUUGUGAUUAUCAGGUGCUGCUUCCUCGUGUGGCUGGCCGUUUGCUUCCUGCGUUAGCCCGCUACUUGAUGUCAGGGAUGCCUCAAGAAACUCUGCAGGCAGUGUUUGCGGCGAGUCACUUGGUGGUGUCUCGCCUGUCGUUCGCCCACCUCUCCUCGCAGCGACGAUAAGGUCCUUUGGCAGUCUGCGUGGGGCGAACCGUGGGCAGCACUGGUCGAUGCACCGCAUCAGCUGCCUGCUCACAAACGUGUGGCCCCUCUCGUUCAGAUGGCAGCCGUCUGCAUACAGCCCCUGCACACACGUGUACAGGUGAGAGAUGACGAGACACCGUAUACACUUCUUUGUCUAUGCACACACGUACGUUCCAGUCUCGUGGGAAGGGCAAGAGGAGGUCGAGGGUUGCCGAGAUCCCCUGCAGGAAGCCCACCCUGCCCGAAUCCCACACACAACGCCCUUUGCCAGCAUCCCGCUCUGCGGGGUCCGUCCCAGGCUCACCUGAGUGCUGCCUUUGUGUACAGAGACGUCUGCUCAUACCUGCGGAGGGAAUGUGAAGGAAGGACAGCAGCCCAUCCAACAUGCAUGUAUCAAUCUCUCUCUCUCUCUCUCUCUCUCUGUGUGUGUGUGUGUGUGUGUGUGCGCCUUACCGACCCAACAAAUCUAAAACCACCGCCCUGCACGCAGGUGCCCUCUCUGCAGGCCUUCUUCCACCCACUCCUGUCGAUGGGCGAUGGGGCGAUAAGGAUGAUGGAGCAACCAGGGAACUCCCCCUUCAACCGCCGUAUGAUAGCCGUCAGGUUGCCCUCAUACGUCGGGACGUCCAGCACACAGCGGCCGUCCUCUGCACACACAGAGACACAUAGAGGAGAGAGAAGGAACAGAGGAGACAGGAGGUGAUGCAUCUGAGUUGAUGAUUGUGUCUAUCGUUCUGACCAGCAGCCAGCAGCUCCGCCGCCUGGAACCACAUGAUAAACAGCUGCACGCAUGCAUGGAGGGACAUCAAGCUUAAGGAUGUGAACAAGUGCAGUGCUUCUAUAGCCCAAUCGUGCAGUUUGCUGUUAACUGCCAAUUCCCUACCAUCAUGGAUCUGUCCAUGAGCUGGGGUAUAGACUCAAUGAAUCUGUCCAUGUGCUCGAGCAGCAGUGUCGUGCCGACGCCAAAGGGGUAGCCCCUGAAUGUAAUCCAUGAGCACCGUUGACAACAUAACAAUCACUUAUGUAUGGGUAAAAAUGAGACCCCCGUGCCUUCCCUCAUUCAAGUGUGCUUCUCACCUGUGCAGGACGUCUGCUUUCCCCUUGAAGGCGGCUGCCAGGUGGCCAGUGAAUCCAUCCGGGUAGCUCUCGUGCACCACGGAGUCCUGAAAUGCACAGACAAGGAUGCUUAUUGCAGCCAAAUUGCAGCCGUGCUGUUAUAUAUAUGCUCUAUAUGCUCUAUAUUGCAGCCGUGCUCUUUCUGUCCUGAAUGAAGAGUCCGACUCACCCCAACGAGAACAACCAU